AUGCAGACCAGCGUCUGUCAGGGGGCGCGAACACGUGACCCAAAGUCCGCCAAGAGCCCCACUUACGUUUGGCUGCCGCAAGGAGAAUCAAAGCUGCCCCGGAAACGGAAGCGGGAGGUACGCGCUUGGGCCAUCGCUGAGAAGCCGACUGGCCCAGGACGCGAGGAUGAAAGAGGCCAACUGGUGAAGCAGGAGAAGCGCAGCCCGACACCCGCCUCCUGCUCUCACCGGCCACGGUCCCGAGCCCAGUGCGGGAGGAGGCGCCACGCCUCGGCCCCGCGAGCCCGUAGCGCUCGUGCCCCCGGCGACCACGCAGGCAGCUGCAGCAGAAGACCAACCAAAAGGAAAAACAAGUCCUUUGGAAGAAGAAGCAGAUCUCCUUGGAGUAAGAGAAGCCAUAGCCCUCACCAUCCCAUAGUCAAGGUGAAGCAGGAACGUGGUGAAAGUGAAAACCGUCCCAGGAGAGGAAGAGAUGAAAGGCAACACAGGGAGCAAUCGGAACAAGAACACAGACGGGAGAGAAAUGGUGACCGGGACAGACACCAUAGCCAUUCUAACCGGAGGAGGACCUCUAAUGAGACGCCUAGUGGUAGGCAGAAUCGAGAUGCCCAGAACCUACAGGAAGAAGAAGCAGAAAGAGAAUUUUAUAACUCUUGGCUACGGGAACAUCGUCAGAAGAAAGAUAUGGGUGGCAGCAGUGAUGAGAAUCAGGAGAUUGUUCUGCAGUCUGCUGGUGGCCACGUAAAGGAAAAAAACCCACCAAAUAAAGAGAAACCCAGAUUUGAACUGUCAGGAGCACUCCUUGAGGAUACCAACAUGUUCCCUGGAGUGGUGAUAAAGUAUAGUAAGCCUCCAGAAGCACGGAUCCCAAAGAAACGCUGGCGCCUUUACCCCUUUAAGAAUGAUGAGGUGCUCCCUGUCAUGUGUAUCCACAGACAAAGUGCUUAUCUUCUGGGCAGACACGAGCGAAUUGCAUAUAUUGCUAUUGACCACCCCUCCUGUUCAAAGCAGCACGCAGUAUUUCAGUAUUGGCUUGUAGCAUACACCUGUGCUGAUGGAACAAUUGGCCGAAGGGUAAGGCCAUAUAUCAUCGACCUUGGCUCAGGUAAUGGGACCUUCUUGAACAACCAGCGCAUUGAACCACAGCGUUACUAUGAACUAAAGGAGAAGGAUGUGCUCAAAUUCGGGUUCAGUAGCAGGGAAUGUCUUCAUGAGUCUUCAGACACCUCUGAGGUGGAUAGAAAAGAUGAUGAGGAGGAGGAGGAGAAGGAGAUUUCUGACAGGUAA